UAUAUUCUUUUCCCUUGAUACUUUGGCAACCUGCUUCUCAUUUUCUAUGCAUAUAUUCCUCUAGUUAGCCAUCUAUUAACUCAAAACAUUAACCUUACCCACCCUUCAAAUACAAAAGCUUGCUGCACCAUCCACCACUUAAUAUUACAUUCAACUCAUUCUCUCAAUUAUCUGACAUUUUUGCUGAAUGAUGUGUGAAGAAGGGAAGAGUUUCUAUGUAUGGAUGUUGCAAGUUAUAUGCCUCCUAGGUCUUCUUGUUCUGUGUCUAUGGUUGUCCUUACGACCGAAUAACCCAUCCUUCUCCAUCGUAUUAGUCACUAUAGAUCGACCUUCAAAUCAAAAUGGCACCAUAUUUUAUAGCCUUGAAAUUGAUAACCCAAACAAGGACUCGAGCAUUUACUACGACAACAUGAUAUUGAGUUUCCUCUAUGGGCAGCAGGAAGAUAAGGUGGGGGAGACAACCAUAGGUUCAUUUCAUCAAGGAACUAGCAAGAACCGCAUUGUAUCUGACAUUGUUAGUUGCAAACCUGGACCAUUCAAACCUCUCUUCAAUGCCAUAUCAAAUGCAACCGCUGAGUUGAAGGCUUCCCUGACAACUAGAUAUCGAUACAAGACAUGGGGAAUCAAGAGCAAGUUUCAGAGAUUACUCUUGAAAGGUAUUCUGCCGAUUGAUUCUAAUGGUAAGCUUUCACAUAAGAAGAAGAAGUACCCGCUUACCCGUAAUUCCAAAAAACUGGGAAGGUCCAAAGUAAAGAAGCACUGAUCUCAUUUCCUUCACUGUUUUUUUGGCUUGGUUUUUCCUCCCCCUCUUCUAUAUCCUUCUUCAUAAUUUUUCACAUUAUAACAAGUAGAAAACAAUACUAUUUGUCUGCAUGUUCUUCUAUAGUAAGGAGUAAUUCUUGCUUGCAACCCAGUGUAAGCUUAAAGAAGAGCACGUUUAGUAUCUGAUGGAUGCUGUGAAUGUUGUGCUGGGAUGCAGUGAGAAAAAAAAUUGCUUCGACAUUAAUUAGGUUCAUGGCAGUUUCGUCCAUCUAGUAGAAGAAUUUCUCUUACAUGUAGUAUGUGUA